ACCUGAAGACCCAACGACCGGGGGCUGCCACCUCGAUGCCAUGAACGUGUGACGGAAUCGUCUGCCGCGCCACAGCCUGCUGAUCGGGCCAUUGAUAUGUCUUUUUAAAUAUUGUCACAACAACAAUCUGGAAUGGACCCUCAGCAACAGUUCUGUCUUAAGUGGAAUAGUUUUAGUAGCAACCUUGUAACUGCAUUUGAUAACCUUUUCAAAUCGGAAAGUUUAACAGAUGUAUCAUUGUUUUGUGAAGGCAAAACUUUCAAAGCUCACAAACUAAUUCUGGCAGCAUGCAGUAAACAUUUUCAAGAAAUAUUUGAAGCUACUCCACUAGGAUCAAGUUUGAUUGUCAUACUUGAUGGGACAUCGUCUACAAACAUGGCAUCGUUACUUGAGUUCAUGUACCGUGGGGAAGUACAAAUAUCUCAAGAGAGGCUCUCUAGUUUUUUAAAGACAGCAGACAAUUUACAGGUUAAAGGCCUGUCAUUUGAGUAUGACAAAUUGUCACUCACAAGUCAGCGUGAACAAGGUAAUAGUGAAAACAAAACAGCAAAUGAUUCUCCAAGACCAAAACAAAAUGGAUCCGCAGAAGCUCAACUUCCCUCUACCUCAUUUAAUCCACUCCCAUAUAUAACAUGUCAUUAUCGUCAAACAACUGUACAUUCAGAGCAGCAUCCUUCAUCACCUGACCCCCAAAGAAAUAAUAAACGAGCGCACCAUAACAAUCCCAACUCAACGCCGGUUUCCGAUACACUUGGUGUUCGAGCAUCUGUCUUAAGAGAUGGUUCCAGACCUGAACGUGAAUCUCCUCUUUCUAUGACCUACUCUUCACAUUCAUCAUCGCAUCUGGAAAAUUCUCAUCAGCCCCAAACAAAUAAUUCUGGUGCUGUAGACGCUACUACUUCAUCACAUCAUUACCGUAAUGUGACUACUAAUAACUGUGGAGAAGAUCUGCGAAUUAAAUCUGAACCUGCAACAGCGGCACCUAAUUCUGGAGAAUUUCCACAAAAUACAAAUACGACCAAUGAAUGGAAAACACCAGAUAAUGGGACAACACCACCAUCUCCUUCGAAUCACUCGUGGAAGAUAGAUACAUCUCAUAAAAACGUUGUUUCAACUCUAACUCCUGAUGGUAAAAAAUUACAAUGUCCAUAUUGUGAACGGUUAUAUGGUUAUGAAACAAAUCUUAGAGCUCAUAUAAGACAGAGGCAUCAAGGGAUUCGAGUUCCGUGUCCUUUUUGUGCUCGAACAUUUACACGGAAUAAUACAGUGAGACGGCACAUCGCUAGAGAACACAAAACAGAAAUUGCAGUGAAAUCAAAUCCAACAUUUCCGCAAACUGCAAAUCACAAUCAAUAACUCUAAACAAAUCUACCUCUUUCCCAAAUAUUUUACCCUCCCCAACACUAUAUAUAAUAUAUCUACCUCUCCUUAAGCAUUAAUCAUACCACCAGUUGAAUAUAAAAUAGUCUGGUACAUAAGCAAACUGCAGACUAACUGCCUUUAAAGUACAAAUGUAAACCAUAAACACUUCUGCAACUAUUAAGACUGAUGAAGGUGGUGUUAGUUUUUAGGUGAAAAUACAUUUUUAUGACACCGCCUUCAAUGUGAAACUUACCUCAAUGAUUUUUACACGUUAUAUAUUCAAAUAUAACUUAUAAUAUAUUAUUUAUAAUAUUAAAAAUGUUAAUGUUGAUUCUGUGGAUUGCUUAUGUCUCCAUAAGUUAUAGUAAUAUGCUGUUAGUUAAGUCAUUAAGCAGCUCUCUUAUCAUUUAUUGUGUAUUGAUAAAAAAAAAAAGUGGCUUUGAAUGGUACAUUUUAAUAUAAUUUGUAUUCAUUUUUAUAAGUAAUUGAAAUCGGUUUUCGUUGUUAAUUGUUAGUCUUGUAUUCUAGAAAAUUUGAGCCCUUGUUUAAAAAUGGGGUUUAUAAUAUUGCCUCGAGGGAAAGGGGGGAUUAUUAGCUUUAUUGUUAAAUUUUGAAGUGGACUAAUUGGACUCUUUGGGUUAAUAGCUCUAAAUUAUGCAUAUUUAACAUUGAGGUAUUAAUAAAUUCUCAUCUAGUAUUUGAAACGAUGUUAUAAAUUUGAUUGUUUAGGUAUUGAAUUAUAAAUGUGUUGCAAUUUUUAAGAAAAAUUUAUUUCAAGUACAUCUGAAUUAUGAUACUAUACACGUGGGUGGAUUAACAUUAUAUGAAAUUUUAAUUUAUAAUUAAUAUAUUUACAGCGUGUAAUGUUUCAUUUAUAGUCAGAAUAAUUUCCAGGUAUAAAAAAAAAUAAGGAAAUAUUAUAAUUAGAAAAUAGAGACAAAGCCUAGAACAAUCUGUUAACAAAAUAUCAUAUUUUUAGUGUAAUACACUAAUUGUAUUACCAGUAUGCUUGUUUAUACACUGUUGUAAUUUGUAUUUUGAAUGCAUUACACUUGGUGAACAUAUUAGUUAAAAUCUAUUAUUGCAUUAUAUA